AAUUCAAUAUUUAAAAUGGAAUAGAUUACUAAUGAAAAUCGUUGGUUUCGAUCAAUAUGAAAAUGAUGAUAUUCAUUUGUUUAACAAAACAAUUCAUCAAAUAAUAUGUCAAUCAAGUUCGGCUAUAAUUAUCAAAACUAUACGUUUUACAUUAAAAAAUUUAUCAUCGUUAAUUUUGUCUAAAUCAAUAAAUAACAUGAAGAUAAUCUUUCUUGUUAGAGAUCCUAGAGCUGUAAUGAGUUCUAGAUAUAAAUUAUCAUGGUGUCUUCAUAAUGAAAAUUGUACAGAUUCUCGAGUAUUAUGUGAUCGUAUUCAAGCUAAUAUCGAAUCAUUAAAAAUGAUUAAAAAUUCAAUGAAAAACAUAUCAAUCAUAUUAUUACGUUAUGAAGAUUUAAUUGGCGAUAUUUGGAAAUCAACAAAUAGUUUGUUCAAAUUUUUAGAAAUUGUUCCCAACCCUUCACUUGAUCAAUGGAUACGAAAACAUACUUUGGCUAAUGAUUUUCUAUUAAAUCCACAUUCAACAUAUAGAAAUAUCAAAUCACAGCAAACGAUUGGAUGGAGAGAAAAUCUUUCAUAUGAAGAUUUACUUGACAUACAAUACGAUUGUUCAGAUGUAAUGAACGAAUUAGGAUAUCGACUAACUAAUUAUCGUUCAAUCAAAUCAAAAUUCCAAACCAUUUUCGAGGUAGUUAGCUUUGAUUUUCCAUUAAAAAUUUAUUCUCUGUAAUAAAAAAUAAACUGACAAUGAAUUGAAUUGAUGAAUGAU